AUGAGGACUCCGUCCACUGCUUGGGUGUUGCCUAAUUUUCAAGCUGAGCUUCGGAAAGGACUCGCGUUGGCCGGAUCUGGACGCACUGCGGACCCUGCUGUUCAUGCUGGGGACUUCGACGCUGACCCAGUUGUCACUACAGGAGAACCUGAAGCUCCAGAAAAUGAUGCCAAGGAGGAAUCCGCUGAAGAACAUAUAGACACACAAAGCAACCGUAGAUGCAGAGGAACAGAACCGCUGUCACCUCCUAGAUCUCCAUGUAUUGGUUCCGCGAGGCGAAAAAGCACAGGGGUUAAUCAGCAACCUUUGGAUCCAGCCUUUCAGCAGAAGCGUAGCGUUGCAACCAUAGACGGAGCUAAUUCCUUAGAAGACUUUAGCUGCGCAGGGCUCGACGGCUCACCUUGGCCAAAGGACGCGGAAAAAGAGCAGACAAAUAGGAAGGAGGAACAAGAGGAUGAACAAGAGUACUACAAGCAUCAUAAGGCCUCACCGUUGUCAGAGAUCGAGGUGGCGGAUACGCGAAAGCCCAUUACGCGUGCCACUGACGGGACGGCCAACGCUAGGGGCGAAUAUGGAGGAGGUAGAGAUGUUAUCGGAUGGAAACCUGAGCAGCUGGAUACAGCCGAGGAGACACUGCUUAGAGCUGCCAGGAUAUGGAAGGAGAAUGCCACACGUGGUGACCCUGAUGCUCCUCAAUCUAGGGUUCUCAGACUACUACUGCGUGAACGUGGAGAUUCAACAACAGAAUGCCUGAUCGAUCAAUUAUAACACCAAAGUUUGGAUCCUGGAAAACUUUUUUCCUUCUUUGUCAAUGUAAAUAAAGAGGUUCACCCGAAUAAUUGUA